GGUAUGUGCUCAUAACCUGUUAGGCUGGCUUAUAUGAAGAGGAAUACAUAUCACAGGUGCGGUCGAGAACUGUCAGCUCGAAAAACUUGUUUUCACAUCCAGUCUCCACAUAGGUCUGGCUACAGUCUCUGAAACACUUCAAGUAUCUCUCAUGUAGGUGAUCCACUGAUCAGAAGGACGACCAUAAGUGGAUUAAAAAGUAACUGUACCUUUUCUGAACUAUGCAACCAUCCUUCCAUACCUCUGUUACUGAGCCUAUCUAAGAAAACAACACCUCUGGAUUGAGUUCUGCAACACCGAAACCAAGCAGCCACCCUAUAUAUUGAUUACUCUAGACCAUUUACAGAGGGAAGAUACGUGAGCCAUGCAAUACUGGAUUUGGCAGCCGAAUGUGGACCCCAAAUAUGUUAGAUAAGGCUCAUUCAUCCCAACUAACCAAAGGAAACUUGAAAUUUUGAAGGUGAUAUAGGGAUGUCAGACAAUUAACUUAACACAGAGAGCAAGAGAAAAGGACAAGUGAUGAGAUUGCCUGCAUCUUGAAGUGGACUUCUAGGAUAGAAAUCUACAAGGGUUACCACUGAUAUGUCGCGGUGGUGUGGCUGGUGCCUUUGUCCUUACUGCUUGUCUGAGGAUGAUAAAAUAGCAUUGGCCAUCAACAAAGAGAUUGAUAGGAUGCUUAAAAUACAGAAGAGGAGGGACAGAAAGGAGCUGAAACUACUGCUUUUAGGAACAGGAGAGAGUGGAAAAAGCACGUUUAUUAAGCAGAUGAGAAUCAUCCAUGGAUCUGGUUUCUCAGAGCAAGACCGUAAAAUUUAUGGAAAACUUAUACAUCAGAACAUCAUAACCUGUGCCCAGUCCUUGGUGGGAGCUAUGGAGACCCUCAGGCUUCCUUAUGUCUGGGAGGAAAAUAAGGUGAAUGGGAAAAUGAUCAGUACCCUGGAUGUAUAUAGUACACAGCAGUUAGAAAAGCAUCAUGUUUUAGCCAUCAAAAAAUUAUGGAGUGAUCCUGGAAUUCGUAAAUGUUAUGAGAAGAGAAGAGAAUUCAAUCUCCUUGAUUCGGCCAGCUACUAUUUAACAAAUUUGGACAGGAUUACUCAAGACGGCUAUGAGCCUACAAAUGAAGACAUUGUGAGGAUACGAAUGCCAACUACAGGAAUAAAUGAAUAUUCUUUCACAGUGGAUAAAGUUAAUCUUAGGCUGGUGGAUGUUGGGGGUCAAAAAUCUGAGAGGAAGAAGUGGAUCCAUUGCUUUGAGAAUGUGAAUUGUCUUAUCUACUUGGCUUCUCUCAGUGAAUACGAUCAGCAGUUAGAGGAAAACAGGCAAGAGAAUCGCAUGCGGGAAAGUUUGGCUCUUUUUAAGAGUAUAAUGGAACUGCCCUGGUUUAGAAACACACCGAUCAUUCUGUUCCUUAAUAAGACUGACUUGCUUGCUGAAAAAAUCUGCGUCUCUGACUUGGCUACAUAUUUCCCAAAGUUCGAAGGACCUCGCCAGGAUGCUAAAGCUGCUAAAGAUUUUAUUGGGUCGGCCUAUAAGGAAAUCUUUGAGAAGACAAAAAUCAGAGUUUUAGAGAAGGAGAAACAGAAAACUGAUCGUCUGCUUUAUCCCCAUGAGACCUGUGCGACAGAUACAGAAAGCAUCCGUACAGUAUUUAAUGACAUAAAGGACCAUGUACUCAGAAAGUUCCUAAUAGACUUUGGAAUUGUAUGACAAGAAUUCUUGACUCUUCUCUUCUGCAUAAUCUGUCACCUGCCAAUGGAUGAUAUCUACUGCACAGUGCCAAAGAGGACAUCUUUAUUAUGCUUGCUGUUACGUACCGUAUAUAGUUGUAUGUAAUUUUAUGACCAAUAUUGCUACCUGGUUUUGAAAGUACGCACAGACCUUUAACUGCCAAAUGAGGGAUUCAUCUACAUAUGUAUUCUAAACUAAAUGAUAAAUGUUUCACAUAUAGACACUUUCAAAAAGAAAAGAAAGUGGUUGGCUGAAUAAACAUUUGCAAUGAGCAGGACACUGGUACAAUGGCCAAUGAUGCAGUGGGUCAGGAUAGAUAUGUGUAUAAGUCUAUGAUUUGUUCCUGAUGCCAAUUGCAGCUUGCGCAGGUACUGUAGCAGGGCCUUUAAGAUGUUAUAACUCACGUACCAGGUGAGGAAUGCCAGGGGGGGGGAUAAUGUCUCUGUGUAGUG